AUGAAGCUCUUCCCUCAUGCUCUUCUCGCUGCCGCCGUGCUUUCCAUAUCCCUGCCCGUGUCGGCCGGGCCUAUUGCCUACGGCCUGUGUCAGACGGGCGAGUCCCUAGCUGCAACGUCCUCGCCGUUUCUUGCUAUGCUGCUGCAGGCUUCCAAUUUGGAACCGUCAUCGCAGCUGUCGGCGCCCCCGCCACCAUUAUCGCUUGCAACGCCGGACUGA